UAUUUACCGUAUUUUGGACCAGAUAAGUGUGAGAUAAAUUGUAAACACUGCGGAUGGAUAUUUAGAAACGUGUUGUGUUGUUCCGGUCGGCUGCUCUGGUUGACAUUAGAUCGGUGUAUCGCUCCUACAAACACAGUGCCUGUUCACUUUACAUCGAUGAUACACUAAACAGCACAAUAUGUUAUCUCCGUUCUAUUGAUCAGAACACGGAAACAGUCCUGUUUAAUUUUUGCAACUGCGCCAUGAAGUAGAAUUGUACACUGUCGAGGAACUUAUCUUGUGACAAUGCACACGUGGGUGCUUCCUCUCAUCCUAGCCCUCUACUGUGGACUAGUCCCGGGGGUGAGGGGACAGAUCUCUCACCGUCACGCUCGAUGCGAAAGAAUUACUAUACCAAUGUGUAUGGACAUGAGAUACAACUUAACAAGGAUGCCAAAUUUAAUCGGACAUACGAAUCAGAAAGAUGCGGCAAUCCAGGUUCACGAAUUUACACCUUUAGUACAAUUUGGAUGUUCGAGACUAUUACGAUUUUUUCUGUGUUCUCAAUUCGCGCCAAUGUGCACUGAAAUGGGAGAUGAAACGCUAAUUAUACCAGUGUGUCGUUCUAUGUGUUUAGAAGUCAAAAGUAAGUGCGCUCCAAUAUUGACCAAAUUCAGUUUUCAGUGGCCACCAAUGCUUGACUGUUCUAAACUUCCUCAAAAGGAUGACCCCAAGCCAAAUAAUUUAUGCAUGGAAGCUCCAAACAUGACAGACGACCCAAAGGUUUCAGACGGUACAGGAAUCUUCGACAAAGAGAAAGACCCAGCGGACUGGAUAAAUAUCUUAACAAAAAUUAAGGUGUCGAACGCGCAGAUAGGGACCAAAUCCAAAAAAAUGGGGUCUUUAGGAUCCUAUGAAUUGGACAAAAUUCUCCCGGAUGUACCCCCAGAAGCAACCUGUCCGGAUAGAUUUGUCCGGGUGGAUACGGGUGCCGACAACUCCACGUGCGCUGCGAGAUGUAACGUUGACGUCAUGUUCCGUCAGGCCGAUAAAAAGUUUGCUGAAUACUGGACGGUCGCAUGGGCAUCCCUUUGUUGUUUGUCCACCGUCAUAACGUUUCUUACUUUUGUGAUUGACACAAGUCGCUUCAAAUACCCAGAACGACCCAUUAUUUUCCUUUCUAUGUGCUACGCUAUUUACUCGUUUGCUUUCUUCAUCAGGGCCAUAACGGGUCCCAACGCCAUUUCAUGUGACAAAACCAUUGAUGGGACGGAGUUCAUCAUUCAGGAAGGAUUGGACAGCACCUGGUGUAUUAUUGUGUUCCUUAUUCUGUAUUUCUUUGGAAUGGCUAGUCAGCUGUGGUGGGUAAUUCUCACUUUAACUUGGUUCCUUGCUGCUGGGCGGAAAUGGGGGCAAGAGGCAAUAGAGACCCUAAGCAGCUAUUUUCACAUGGCCGCGUGGGGCAUCCCGUCAAUAAAAACCAUCGUGAUUCUUACUAUGAGGAGAGUCGAUGGUGAUGAAUUAACAGGAUUGUGUUACGUAGGAAAUCAAGAUAUUAAAGCAUUAACUGGAUUUGUGUUAGCACCUUUAAUAGUGUAUCUUCUUCUAGGAACCUUAUUUAUUCUCUCGGGAUUCGUGUCUUUAUUCCGCAUCAGAAAUAACUUGAAACAGGACGGAACCAAUAUUAGAAAAUUGGAAAAACUAAUGGCCAAAAUUGGCAUUUUCUCAGUGUUGUAUACGGUGCCAGCUACCUGUGUGAUUGGAUGUUACUUUUAUGAAAGAGUGAAUUAUGACGUGUGGUUAACAGCAUCUAAACUCCUUAAUUGUGACAAGACUGAAGAUGGAGGGAAGGAUUGUGCCCUCGCUCAGUCCAUCCCCCAGGUGGAAGUUUAUAUGUUAAAGAUUUUUAUGUCGCUUGUUGUGGGUAUAACUAGUGGGAUGUGGGUGUGGAGUUCUAAGACUGUCAACUCCUGGAAAACCUUCUUCUCUAACAGAUUCACCCGCCGUAAAUUGAAUUUAGGAGGUAGUGGAAAUAUCGGGUAUCACCCAGCACCCGUGAUUGUGAUGAAACCUAAUCACGGACCAAAGGUCUCCUCCAAAUCGUCAGGGUCCAGGGUUUAAACAAUACUUUGACGGUUUGAAAUUUGUAAAAAGAUUUGUGUCUUUCAGGAAUUGUUUGAUUUUAUUUUGUAGAACAAGUGUUCAUGGCAUUAUUUUACAGACAAGCUGGAUUCGUAUCUUGUAGUUCCUUAACAAGGAAAGAAAAAUUACUUUGAAGUUAGGCUACAGUUUAUAAAACGUUUGUAUGGGGACAAUCCACACAUAGCUCUUGUUUAAUAGAGUCUUCAUUAUUAUUGAAAAACUCGUUAACAUUUUUUGCACUUUGUUGUUCAAACCUAAUAGCAAGGUUUGUGUCAAAGAUCUAUUUCAAAGAGGGGAUUCUGAAUAGAUAGUUUACAAGCACCUUUAAUCAAGGAAUCGGGUUACAUUUGAAAAUUACAGCUUGGAGUUCGCACAAUGGAGAGGUCAGGAAGGGUUCGCGGAUUUUGGGGUUCGUUCAGAAAUAUCGUAUGUACUAGCGCCGGAUCGAAUUGGAAACCUGAGACGUUUUUGCUUCAGUAAUAACAAUGGAAAGAUACCUAGACGACUUGCUAUAACAGGACGCCUCUAGUUAAUUGACCACUUGAUGAUAUCAUUUUAAAAAUUGUCGAUUGCUGAUCAGCCAAUUUCUAGAUUGAAUUUAUUUUAUGCAUGUUCAAAUGUCUUGCCAGUGGCAAUAGAUCGAACCCGUUUUUCUAAAUAUAUCUGAUUUAUUUUUUUAAUUCAGCGAAGUAAAAUAAAAACAACUUUAUUCCUACCGAUCUCCUGAAUUUUUAUGUCCUGUACGACUGUUCUGACAACUUGUCAAUUGUAGAAUGACGUGAUUUGAAUUUAUUAAGCAAUAAAGAAGUUAUAAAGGUUCAUUGAACGCAUGAAUAAAAUUCAUGCCCCUUUUCACGGGGAUUUGGAGGAAAUAUCACUUGUACUGUAUUAGAUUACAUAGCUGUAUUCUUUAAUAUUCGUCAAAAAAAUGUUCGCGAAACCAUGCAUCUUUAUCUCUUUUAUCUCUUUUUUUUUUUCAUGGUCGAAAUUGAAUAUUAUUAUGCCACCUUGUCGUUACUGUUUGUACUUUUUAAUUUUUGUUACAAACCUGUGUUAUAUAGUCAUUGUUGGUAUUGUAAGAAAACAAUAUUGUUACAAUAAAGCGGAGAAAACGA